AUGGCCUGGAUCCGGAGGUUCGCGGCUCUGCUCGCGUGGUGCUGUGCGCUGUCGUGCACGCGCGCGGCUAUGGACGAGUGUUCGGACGAGAACGGGAGCGCGCAGAGGUGUAUGCCAGAGUUUGUGAACGCGGCCUUUAACGUGACCGUGGUGGCUACGAACACAUGCGGCUCUCCGCCAGAGGAGUACUGCGUCCAGACCGGCGCCACCGGCGUCACCAAGUCCUGCCACAUUUGCGACGCACGAGACCCGCGCCACCACCACAGCGCGGUCUACCUCACGGACUACAACAACCAGCUGGACGCCACCUGGUGGCAGAGCCAGACCAUGUUAGCGGGGGUCCAGUACCCACAGUCCAUCAACCUGACCCUACACCUGGGUAAGGCGUUCGACAUCACAUACGUGCGCCUGAAGUUCCACACGUCUCGCCCGGAGAGCUUCGCCAUCUACAAACGCAGCAGCGAGACGGCCCCGUGGGUGCCCUACCAGUUCUACAGCGGCUCCUGCGAGAAAACCUACCAGAAGCAGAACCGCGGCUUCAUCCGCACGGGGCAGGAUGAGCAGCUGGCCCUGUGCACCGACGAGUUCAGCGACAUCUCUCCUCUGACCGGCGGCAACGUGGCCUUCUCCACGCUCGAGGGCCGCCCCAGUGCCUACAACUUCGACCACAGCCCAGUGCUGCAGGACUGGGUGACGGCGACUGACAUUAAAGUGACGCUGAAUCGACUCAACACGUUCGGAGACGAAGUGUUCAACGACCCCAAGGUCCUGAAGUCGUAUUAUUACGCCAUCUCAGACUUCGCUGUGGGCGGGAGGUAA